GCCUGUAUUAUUGAGCGAUCAGCCCCGGCGCGGUUUGUUUGUCUCAGUUACCGUUAUACACUGUAAGCUUUACUACUCCGCGUGUUUCGAAUCACGACGGUUUUCAUAGGUGUGGUGUGGUCUAUAACACGGGGAUAUACUGUACGGAUUAUUCAUGGAAAUUCUGACGGACAGGUAAAGAAAACUCGACCCACCCCACGGGAUGAAUUUGACAGGGGGAGAGGAGGUGGACGAGGAGGGGCAGAUUCAGCCCCCUGCCCUGGACCCGGCACUGGAGGCUCAGGCACAGUUACUUCUGUUCUCCGUACCGGAGGAGGCAGACGUUGACAUGGAGAUCGACCAGGGUCUCGGAAGUCGCACGGAAACCCGUCUGUCUCUAGGACGUGUUCCGUCACAGAUGUCUCGUGCCACCAUGGUUCGAACACCGGCCGCGAGACCGACAACCCAAGGCAAAGGAAUAGAGGAAGUCGAGGACGAAGAACAUAUCCUUAUUACGGAAUUGAAACAGUCUGAAUACCGACAGGAGGAGAGCGAAGAAAUCGAGUCUCCGAGGGAGCCGGAUAUAUUGGUUCUAGAUGACAAGGUUCCUAUCACAGCGCGGACAGACGAGGAUGAGUACGACACAGACUUAGAGGUCGAAGAGGACUCUGAAGAUCUUCAUGACACAAGUGGAAGGUCAAGCUACAAGAAGAUUUGUUCACAGUUCGGUGUAGUACCAAUAUCCUACUUUGUCCGUCACAUCCUGGAUCCGGAACUGGUGAUGCGUUACCAUGGUCUCGGACCUGUGGCUGCUAAAGCCAUGGCAUUAGUGCUUCGGGACAACGUUACGCUAGAAAAACUUAAUCUAAACGGAAAUUGGAUAGAAGGUCCAGGAGGGGAGGCAAUGGCCCGGAUGUUAGAGGAAAACGACUACAUAUCAGAACUGAGUUUAUCAGACAAUCGACUGGGUACCAUUGGAGCCAGGAGUAUGUGUAGGAUGCUUGGGGUGAAUACCGGACUAAGGAAGGUCGAUUUAUCAGAUAAUGCAUUCGAAGAUGGAGACGUUGAGUAUUUCGUAGAGAUGUUGGAUAACAACAAGUAUUUAAAAUCUCUGAAUUUGAGCCGUAACCGGUUUGGAGAGCAGGCUGGAGAACUGCUGGGGCCAGCAAUAGCCUCCAACGACAUCCUGGAUUCUUUAGAUCUCAGCUGGAAUCACCUUCGACAAAAAGGGGCAGUGUCCGUAGCACGUGGUUUAAAGGAAAACGUGCGAUUAAAGCAUUGUUCGUUGGCCUGGAACGGAUUUGGACCGGAAGGUGGGGCUGCGAUCGCUGAUGCCCUCAUAACCAAUAACUCUCUACAGGAAAUCGACAUCAGCGGCAACAGACUGAACGCAGAUGUGGCAGUGAAGGUGGCAAAGGCUAUAGCCAUCAAUGACAACAUCCGGGUACUGAGGAUGGGAAAUAAUUUGCUGACCACUAUUGGCGCAAUAGCAUUGGCUCGCUCCAUCAACGAGACCGAGAGCAGUGAGAUGGAAGAACUCGACCUCACCGAUAUCCCUGUCGAGUUCGAGUUCUUACGAAUCUGCGAGGAUAUCAAAAUGAAGCGGCCAAACUUCAAGGUGACACACGGUCCCAUUCUGAGAUCUGGUAAUACCAUGGAGGACCUUGGAAAGCCAGCCAUUGAUCCCUUCAAGCGGAAGGACCCCGUCAUGGUGCUACAGGACCACAUCGUCGUCAACGAUAUGAGGCUUCUGGACAUCUUAAAGAGACACGACCCUGACGAGACCUUGCAAGUUACUCCUGAACAGUUCAUGGCCGCCUUGGACGAGUUAGCCGUACCAUACGACAAACCUAAAGUGGACGAGGCUAUUGAACGUAUAGCUAAAGAACAAAAUGGACGCAUAUACUUUGGUGAUUUCAUCAAACAAUUCGAACAAGUGAACGAUGUUGUAAAUGAAGCCAAUGAAGUCACGUGAUCGAAAAUGUGAGAGACAAAGUCGUGGCGGCCAUAUUGGAUAAUCAGAAGAGGUCGCAUAUAACUUUCGUUGCUAGGGACAAUGGACAGUAUUGAUUGUCGUGGCAGACGUGCUUGUGUCUUUAUAUCACUACUCAAUGGCUGAUGUUAUGACGCCGAGGACUAGUUUUACUAGAUAUCUUUAAGUGGCACCUCAAAAAAAGGACAAACGCAAAUACCGUAAUUAUAUCUAAGCAUAAUGAUUUGUAUUUUGCUUCUUGGGUUAGCUUUCUGUUUUGCUAUAUAACGUAACUCAUCAGGGUAACAUUGAGGACCCAGCCAGCUUAGUGCUGUGUCUGCUCUAUAGACAGGUGGUACAGCAUCCGUGAUUCCUCCUGGACAAUAGUGAAAUGUGUCACAUAAGCGGAAAUAAUGCCAUAAUCCUUUCUUUCUCUUUUUGUCUCGUCAGGAAAUGCUCGUUGUCAUUAUUUGUGCAAAUCAUACAUUGGUGACGCAUUUCAUAUGGUUACUGUUCAUAAUUGUUCACGGUGUGUAUAACUUAACGCUAGCGACGGUCCUGGAAGCCAAAACAUGAGUAACCAUGGUAUAUUCUGUAACUAGGAUACCGUCACGAAUACUUCCUUAACAUUAGUGUAUAUGUUUACAUGUAUGUACAUGUGUUGAAUGUGUACUCAUUUACAUGUGUGUUGGUAUCCGAUGAUAUUUAUUACUAUUUGUCAAAUGGAAAACGGUAUUUUGAUAUCAAAGUUUAUAUUACUGAAUUUUGAUUUAUCUAUAAACACAUUAUUUCUAUAA